AUGACAGAGAUCGAUUGUGUCGAAGAAUUUGAUUAUGAAGGAUUCCACGAGAUGCUGAUUGCAUACCUUCCACAAGCGGAGAAUAUUAAGGAAAAGGAUAUGAUGGAUGAAAUGAAGAAGUUAGUUCAACAUCUUCUUCAAGAGAGAAAUAGUCAGGUAAACAUCCUGAAAUCAGAAGAGCCCCAUGAAAUUACCUCAGAGCCGCAGAAUUGGUGGAAUGACAUCCAAGCUUCUCAAUAUGUCUUAAAGCCCCACAUAAAGAACCGAAGUAUAUCUGAGACUAGCACUGAGUCUGAGCGAGGGAAUAAGAAGAAGGGGGGUAAGGUGGCUGAUAAUGCUGAGGCUGACCCAGAGUUAGAGCUAGAACCUGGAGUAAACAUGAUUAUGGAAAUGUUCCCAAGUUGUUGCCAGGUUGAGGCGGUUCAUUGUGUGAGUAUGAUGAACGGUGAUCUAGAAAGAGCAGUACAACUUCUGAUCACAAGAGCGGAACUAGGACAGGAUAUUAAACCAAACCAAACCCAGCUGUUAGCUAAGCUGUCUAAGCCUGUUGAGAUAGAUGACAACCAACUAAAGAAGAGAAUCAUGAACGAAUACGGAUUUGUGGAUAAAGAAACAGAUCAGCGAUACCAUAGACCAACUAUACCAAAGAAAUUAGAGGAUAAGAAGCUGAUUAGGUACAGGGAGGGGAAGAUCGUGAGCACCAAGGGGGAGAGGUUCACCCAGGUCACCAAGGAGGAGAGCCUGGAGAUUAAGAGAACAAUCGUAAAUAUAUUAGCCUGACAAUUAAUGUUUAGACCACGUGACAG